AUGCCAGGAAUGGUCAGUAAAAACCCAGACCUCGAGUUCGACUCUUUGCAGCCCUGUUUCUACCCGGACGAAGAUGAUUUUUAUUUGUGCGGGCCGGACUCCGCUCCCCCCGGGGAGGACAUCUGGAAAAAGUUUGAGCUGCUGCCCACCCCUCCCCUGUCUCCCAGCCGGGCCGGGCUCCAGGAGCAACCCCCGGGGGGAGCCCCGGUGCCAUGCGCUGGUCUGUAUGACCGUCGCCAUAAACUUGGUGAUCCGUCCCUGGUUUCAGAGCCUGCUGUCCCUUUAAUGUCUGGUUUGACAGCUUUGGAUGAUGAAGACGAGGAGGAAGAGGAUGAAGAAGAAGAAGAAAUAGAUGUUGUGACGGUAGAGAAAAGACGCUCCUCCUCCAACAAGGCUGUUACCACCCUUACUAUUACAGUGCGUCCUAAAAAUACCACUUUUCCAUCAGUCAGGACACAGCAGAAUGAACUGAUUUUAAAGCGUUGUGCACCAAUUCACCAGCAGCAUAAUUAUGCCGCUCCUUCUCCAUACAUGGAGAGUGAAGAUGCUCCACCGCAGAAAAAGUUAAAAACCGAGGUGCCCCGUCCAGUAAAACCCACGAUCCAACCAAAGUCUAAGAGUUCAAGUCCUCGAAAUUCUGAUUCAGAGGAUAGCGAACGUCGACGCAACCAUAAUAUCCUGGAGCGUCAGCGACGUAAUGAUCUACGGUCAAGUUUCCUCACAUUAAGGGACCAUGUUCCAGAACUGGUUAAAAAUGAGAAAGCUGCAAAAGUUGUGAUCUUGAAAAAAGCCACUGAAUAUGUUCAUUCCCUUCAGGCAGAGGAGCAGAAGUUAUUGCUAGAAAAGGAAAAAUUGCAAGCCAGGCAACAGCAAUUGCUAAAGAAAAUAGAAUACAAGCGGACUUGCUAAACUUUUGUUUUGUUUUGUUUUGUUUUGGCUGACCAGGACAGUCAUUGCCACUUUGCACAUUUUUGAUUCUUUAAAAAAAAUUGUGUUUUUUGACGUUAAGAAUGUUGGUUUUACUUUCAAUCCAGUCCCUGAAGUAAUUGACAAACUAUAUUAUCCGGGUACGGAGCAAAUGGAUGUUCUUGCAAGGAGUUUAUUGCAAGACUACCAAACAACAAUGGACUGCCUUUGUUUUUCUCCUUAAGAACUGUAGAUGGUGGGGAUUUUUUUUUUUUUUAAGUUGUUGUGAGCAUUUGGAGCUGCUGAUGACAUCUAGUUGAGUUUUAAAAUGUUCAUUCCUAAGUUUUAUGGUGCUUAUGUUCUAACAGAUGUUACUUUAGGGGUUGGCAUUUGUACCCCUGUGGGAAUUUUCUGUAAAUACCAUCUACACACUUGCCUUUUGUACAUGUCUUGGGUUAUGAGAGGUGGCUUUUGCUACCAGUAUUAGACUGGAAGUUCAUACCUAAGUACUGUAAUACCUCAAUGUUUGAGGAGCAUGUUUUUGUAUACAAAUAUAUUGUUAAUCUCUGUUAUGUACUGUACUAAUUCUUACAUUGCCUGUAUACUUUAGUAUGAUGCUGAUACAUAACUAAAUUUGAUACUUAUAUUUUCGUAUGAAAAUGAGUUGUGAAAGUUUUGAGUAGAUAUUACUUUAUCACUUUUUUGAACUAAGAAACUUUUGUAAAGAAAUUUACUAUAUAUGCCUUUUCCUAGCCUGUUUCUUCCAGUUAAUGUAUUUGUUAAUGUUUGGUGCAUAGAACUGGGUAACUGCAAAGUUCUGUGUUUAAUUUCUUCCAACGAUGUACAUUUAGUGCUGCGUCUUAUAGCACUUUGAAAUACCUCAUGUUUAUGAAAAUAAAUAGCAAUUACAUGAUGUG